AUGGACCCCUAUGUCUGCUGGGUUGGUAAGCAACUGGAGCAAUUUGAACCCUUAUGGGAUGCCGCAUACAAAUUCCGAGGCGCUUUCAGGCUUAUUGGGAACCCUAGCGAUAUCAUAGACUCGCUUUCGCACCUGAAUCUCUCGGCACGUCUCGAAAGAUUAUCGUGCGUGAAGAACCUCCGAGUUUUGGAGAAAGCGACAGGCAAGAAAAUCGAUUGGACAACCCUGGAGCAGUGGAUCAAGGGUGCCCAGGACCACGUACACAGAGAACUCGAAGCGACAGCCAGGCUAUGCAAGCUGCUCAAGAUUGACGUGACCGAUUUGGGGCUAGACGAUGCCUACACUAAAAUCGAGGAGCAUCCACUUCAGCGUUCAUAUGCUCGCGCCUUCGGCCCAAACUGGCAAACAAGAUUGUCCGAAAUCGACCGCACCUACGGCCCCGGCACCACCUCAACUACAAGGAUUCUCAUGGACAGGGGACAGUUCGAGCAGGCCAUUUCCUCUCGCCAAGAGAUAGUUCAGCAGAACCUUGACAAACUCAAAGAGAAGCAGGAGCACCUUCCCGCUUUUAGAAAGAGCUGGUUGGAGUUGGAGACAGGUGCCAGGAUGAAAAUCCUGCAGCAAGGGGGCUGA